AGGAUGUGGCGCGCGGAGGGGAAAUGGCUGCCGAAAACAAGCCGGAAGGACUGAAGAAAAUCCGUAAUCCGGAUCGAAUGUACAGAUCAGCUGUGUGUUAUUCAGCCCAUGCUCCUCCUAACAGUGUCAGUGAUGACACCGAGACGAACAAUGAACAUGGACAUUUAAAAAUAUACCUGCCCAAAAAGCUGCUUGAAUGUCUACCAAAAUGCUCCACGUUGCCAAAAGAGAGACACAGGUGGAACACCAAUGAGGAAAUUGCAGCAUACUUGAUAACAUUUGAAAAGCACGAGGAAUGGUUGACAACAUCCCCUAAAACAAGGCCACAGAAUGGGUCGAUGAUCCUCUACAAUAGGAAGAAGGUGAAGUACAGAAAGGAUGGCUACUGCUGGAAAAAAAGGAAAGAUGGGAAGACCACGCGGGAGGAUCACAUGAAGCUCAAAGUACAAGGAGUGGAGUGUCUGUACGGCUGUUAUGUCCACUCCUCCAUCAUUCCCACCUUCCACCGCAGGUGCUACUGGCUUUUACAGAACCCAGACAUUGUGCUGGUCCACUACCUGAAUGUGCCAGCUAUCGAGGAUUGUGGGAAGCCAUGUGGGCCCAUCCUGUGCUCCAUCAAUACAGACAAGAAAGAAUGGGCCAAAUGGACGAAGGAGGAACUCAUUGGCCAGCUGAAACCCAUGUUUCAUGGCAUCAAGUGGACUUGCAGCAAUGGGAACAGCAGUUCUGGCUUCUCUGUGGAGCAGCUGGUGCAGCAGAUACUGGACAGCCACCAGACCAAGCCUCCUCCCCGGACUCACAACUGCCUCUGCACUGGCACUCAGGGUGCUGGGAGCAGUGUGCAUCAUAAGUGUAACAGUGCCAAACACCGCAUUAUCUCGCCCAAAGUGGACCCUCGUUCAGGUGGUUACAGCAGCACCCACUCUGAGCUCCAGAAUAAUGAUGUGUCCGAGGGUAAGACAGAGCACAGCCAGAGCAGCAAAAACAGAGGAGGAACAGGAGGUGGGAGUGUACGUGAAAAACGCAAUGGCAAGGUACACAAACCUGUGCUGCUGCACCAGAACAGCACUGAGGUCUCCUCUACCAAUCAGGUGGAAGUGCCAGACACCACCCAGAAUUCCCCUGUGUCCAUCAGCAGCGGGCUGAAUUCUGACCCCGACAUGGCUGACAGCCCAGCAGUCACAGGCAUGGGUCAUGUUGCCUCUGUUAUGAGCAGCCUAUCCCAGAGUGUUUUUAUGUCUGAGGUGACUGGGGAUCCCGUCUACAGCAUGUCCCCCACUGGAGGCCCCAAUACCCAUAUUAUGGGUGGCUCGCUGCAACUCCUUCAGUACCAAGGAGGUUUCCCAGGUCUUGGUGCAGAGCACGAGGAAGUGGUCGGCAUGGAUCAGAACCGCAAUGUUGGGUCCGGUCAGGCUGGAGCCACAGAAAAUGGGACAGAUGGUUUACUAAAAUCUGGGGAUCAUCUACAAGCCUGUGCAGGAGGAAGUGGAGAGAACGGAGGAGCGGAUCACUUCAUGCAGCAGAGCUCUGAGAAUGGACCCAUCGAGGGACAAGGACAAGGUGGCUCGCUGCAACUCCUUCAGUACCAAGGAGGUUUCCCAGGUCUUGGUGCAGAGCACGAGGAAGUGGUCGGCAUGGAUCAGAACCGCAAUGUUGGAUCCGCUCGUGCACUCCCCUCCCUACCUUCAUCCCAGCACGACUGGCUGUCACUUGAUGAUAACCAGUUCAGAAUGUCCAUCCUGGAGCGGCUGGAACAGAUGGAGCGCAGGAUGGCUGAGAUGGCUGGUCAGCAGCAGCAGGGCUGUGGAGGAACAGCAGGGACUGGAGGGGGAGGUGGAGACGGAGGCGCCAACAGCCAGUCUCAGUGUAUCUCGGGACAAGCAGGAAGCUCUUUUGAGAGUCGUGUGGUGGUUGUUUGUGAGAAGAUGAUGAACAGGGCCUGCUGGGCCAAAUCCAAACAUCUGAUCCACUCCAAGACCUUUCGGGGCAUGACCUUGCUACACCUUGCUGCAGGCCAAGGCUACGCCACCCUCAUUCAGACUCUUAUCAAAUGGCGCACGAAGCAUGCAGACAGCAUUGAUCUGGAACUUGAGGUGGACCCUCUCAACGUGGAUCACUUCUCUUGUACUCCACUGAUGUGGGCUUGUGCAUUGGGUCACCUAGAAGCAGCUGUGGUUUUGUACAAGUGGGACCGGAGAGCACUGGCCAUCCCAGACUCUCUAGGGCGCCUGCCCCUCUUCAUCGCCCGCUCCCGUGGCCACACCAAGCUGGCAGAGUGUCUGGAGCAGCUCCAGAGGGAGGAACAGCAGCAGCAGCAGACCCCGUCUUCCUUACCCCCAACCUCUAGCAUGUCUUUCUCUCCCAAUCCUGACAUCCCCACCUCUAACAGCUGGAUGGUGAGCUGGGGCAGCGACAGUAUGGUGGCCCCCAGCAGGCAGAACACUGGUACAGCCACCACUACUACAACCCCUUGCACCAACCAGAAUCCUGAUUUGAGAAGACCAAGAUCAGAGCCCUCUAGCUACUACAGCAACGAGUGCCAGCGGGACCUCCCCCUCGCCAAAAAACACAAGCCCAACCCCGAGUUUGUGCAAGGACAGCUGGAUAAGCACAUGUCUGUUUCCUUGAACAUAGAGCAGCAGACACAUAAACUGUCAACCAGCCCUAAGGCCCUUCCUUCCACCCCAUCCAGCCCGGAUAAGAGCGUCUCUGAGGAGGGUUUGGGGACAGUGGGCAUCCUGCAAGCCAAGAUGGCCUCUUACCGUGGAGGCCAUAAAUGGGGCACUAGAGAAGUGCUCAGGAAGAGUAGCAUCAGCGGCACAGGGAAGGAGAAGUUGGCCAGCCGGUUGCGACAGCGUGGCGAACCCCUCAGCAUGCUGGGAAUGGUGGAGAGAGAGAUGGUAGACACUGAGAUACUUUCUUACAAGGAGGAUCUAGAGAACCAGAACUGCCUCUCGCACAUGGAGGACCUGCAGGCGAAUAUGAUGAGCCUGGCAGAGCACAUCAUUGAGGCCACUCCAGAGCGUAUCAAGCGGGAACAUUUUCCAACCAUGGAGUCUGUUCCUCUGGACAACAGUGGGCUCACCAACACCAUGUGCUGGCUAGCCAGUUACCUGGGAGACGUGGAACACCUGCCCGGCAUCAUCCACUUGAGUCCCAUAUACAGUGAACCCCUGACCCCUCCCUCCAACCCUAGCCUGAGCCCGGGUAACUCGCCCAUGCGUGAGGGCCCAUUUGAGAAGCCGACCUUGCCUGCUCCAUCCGAGUGGAGUGAGUUUCUCCGAGCCUCCAACAGCAAAGUGGAGAGAGAGUUAGCCCAGCUCACACUGUCCGACCCCGAGCAGAGGGAGCUCUACGAAGCUGCACGGCUGGUGCAGACCGCUUUCCGCAAGUACAAGGGACGCCCACUGCGCGAGCAACAGGAAGUAGCCACCUCUGUCAUUCAGCGCUGUUACAGGAAAUACAAGCAGCUAACAUGGAUAGCCUUGAAGUAUGCACUUUAUAAGAAGAUGACGCAGGCCGCCAUCCUUAUCCAGAGUAAGUUCCGCAGCUACCACGAGCAGAAGAAGUUCCAGCAGAGCCGGCGGGCGGCUGUGCUGAUCCAGCAGUGCUACCGCAGCUACAGGAAGUUUGGCCGGCUGAGGCCCCACCGCAGAGCGGCCACCGCAGCAAAGGUCCAGCACAAACUCAGAAGCAGUCUUCUCACUAAGAGGCAGGAUCAGGCCGCCCGCAAGAUCAUGAGGUUCCUCCGCCAUUGUCGCCACAGCCCCUUGAUGGACCAUAGACUAUUCAAGCGGAGUGAGAGAAUUGAGAAAGGCCAGGGAACAUGAGAGCGUCCAGAAGAGCCCCCUCACAAUGUGACAUUACUCUCUCCAGACUCUUCCUUUCAGUUUUUCUGUUUCAACCAGAGACGUUUUACAAGAGGAAAAAAAAUAGCAAGAACACUGCAACUCUUACUAUAACUGUAUGACUGAUACUUUGGCUGCUAAACAACUGCGUUUUUCAUAUGUCUUUAUUCCUUCUAUGUUUCUUUUAUGAAGAAAAGAGCCAACUGCUGUGGAUCAAAACAAACUCUAAGGACGUUGUUUUAGGAGGAACAACAUUUGCUUCGUGGCAUUUUUUGCACUUUUUAAUGGAUUGAUUUGUCAUUUUGGAUGAGCAUUAAAAUGUUUUGUUUGAAAAAGGAAAAAAGGAAUGGAAGUCCUGCUCUUCAGUGGCUCGUAAAGGAAAGAAAGAAAGAAAGAAAGAGAGAGAGACAAAAUAUGGAGUUGACACAAUCAUGGCCGGACCUGUUCCGAGUGUAUUUCAUUGUUUUCAAAAGAUCACAAGAUGUGUUUAGUGGGUACAAUUGUUACCAAAAAUGAUGAAUAAUUCAUGAAUUAGUUUUUGUACAUGCUUUACUCCACAACCAGACAAAUUCGUCAGAAACUUCUUCCAGUCUGUCCCUUACGGUCACCUGUCUUCUCUUAGCUACAAGGGGACUGGGUAGCUGAUGAAUGUAAAGAGGGAAAUGAGCAGGCUCGCGUGAUGUGGCAAAUGCUGAUGUUAUUUUGCUAACAAGACAAGUGGAAUCAACAACUAUUUUCAAAUUGAUGAUAUUCAGCCAGUUCAGAGUUAGCAAGACAUCACAGAGCAAUGGAACGCUCCAGGCAGAACUUGUCUUAUGCAUGCUUGAAACUAGGCCACAGCAUUUUAAUUUUUAACUACAUGAAUGUACUGGAGACACCAAAUGUCAUCACCUCUGCCCAUCAUUUACUAUUGGCCAGUUUGUAAAGUUUUCUUUUGUUAAUCCAAUGUUAAACAGUCAUUGGUGAAGCUUUCUUUCAGUUGAAAAUCAACUUAAGAGGUUUUCUAAGCUGUUUAAGGGAAAAUUACAUGCAUUGCCUUGAUAUCUUUGACAUACUUUGAAGGCUCUCCACACCCAGGGUUAGACAAAUCCAUAUUUUUUGACAAUUGAGCGGUUCCUGUACAUAAAGAGGGUUGCCGGUACGCAAAGUAAAACAUUUAUCUAAGCGGGAUUGUAUUUUAGAAAUAUAUUAUUUUACUCAUUGAAAGGAAUCAAAACAGAUUAGCGUCAAAAUCUGAAUAUUUGUAUAGUUUUGUUUGAAUGCCUAAGAAGUAUGGUUGUAUCGUUUGUACAUAGUGUAAAUACCUGGGAUAAAGUCAAGCUACUGUAUGUGCAUGACAAAAACGAACACAGAUACAAAAAAAGAGUUCAAAAGCAUUAGUGGCUAUGCUCUGUAAAAUUAUUUCACUAUAAGAGUAUUUUAUUUUACUUUGAAUGUUCUUGAGAAGAACAUUUUGCUAAAGCAUGACUUUCCUGCGAUUAUGAAAAAUACAGUAUUUAUGAGGUAGGAGAAAAGGCUAAAUGAUCAUUAGGUUAUGAUUACAUCUGUUUGUUUGUUUUUUUCUGGGCUACCAAGAACCUUUUUGCCAACGGUGCCAAGUAAUGUGAAUGCUACUGCUUAAAGGAAGUUAAUCAUUGCUGAACAGAUAAUCACAUGGUAAAACGUGAUCAGAUUCACUUGCAUUCAAUAGCAUAACCCGUCAACACAGUCGAUCAAGGAUGGUGGUGUAUUCAGGAAGGAUCUUAGUGUAUCACAUAUCUCAUUUGGUUUAUUUGUACUGUAUGUUUGUUUGUUUUGUGUUUCAUAAGUCUGAAUACUUUUGUAUUAUGUCAUUGAAAUGAUGUAAAGUAUGUUUUUCUGUUAUGAAUGCAGGUAGUAGAGCUUAUAGCAGCAUUAUGCAGCUUUAAGUAACAUUCUGACAGUCUUAUUACACAAAAUGUGCAAAAAACCAAACCUGUGAGCUGACAGUAAAGACAAAGAAGCUGAAAUAAUGAGAUAACUCAUUAAUUCGAAAUCCACACUGCUACACUGACUGAAAGUUUAGGUUCCCUGUUAUGCAUUUAAACGGGUUUCUUUUGGUGCUAAAACAUUGGCGUCAAGGGCCUGGUAGACCUCCAAAAAUCAAUCAGUUUCAGCAGUGUUGCAGUGAUGUUACUUUCAACAGCAGGUGUCGCUGUGGUGUUUGAAAAAGGGAAAGUCUAUGAAAACGCUCCUGAAAAUAAUUUCUAAUGCACUACAAUUGUGUAGAUUUCAGUUUCCCCUCAUAUCAAAAUGCUUUUUGUCAUAUGUUGUAUUUGCGUCUCUGUUCAAGAGGAUGAUAUGUAAAUGUUUUCUUCAGAGUGCUUAUGUUGGAAGUGCCUGAUCAUAUUCUAAAUCCAGCGAGCCGUGUCAGUCUGCAUGUGAGGUUUGCGAUGGACUGGCAUUAGCGAGAAGUGAAUAAUAGUCUGUCCUUUUUUUAUUUUCCGUUACGUAACUUGUUUCUUUGUCCGUGCUUUCUCCGUGUAAGUUAUUUCAUUCGUCAUAACUCACGUCCUCUAUGGGAACUGCCAGAUGAGCCCGCGAGAACUGCAGAUUUCAGUCCGGCUGGUUCUUGCCUUGCAUUCAUCAUUCCGGUAGCAGUUUAGGUUGUCAGCUGAUGCACUGCGGCGGCAACUCGAGUCUUAUUAUGCUUGCAUGGGUAACAUAGAUAACCGGGUGGCUAAAAACAGCACCCAAAGCAUGCUUAUUUUUGUAGAUUUGGUAGUCAGGUAGACUUGUCGAAGAAAUACUGUUCUUUAUAACAGCUGGUUUCAUGGGUUGCAGAACUUGAAACAGACCGAGGGCUUCGAAACGUAACUUUACAAUACAAAAAGUCAAAACAGAUAUACAGGGGUAGCAUGAAUCUUUUUUAUUUUUUUAAUAGAAUUUGGCUUCCUGUUUCCUCUUCGAAUUCAGUCUCACCCCACUUUCCAUUUACAUUCACAUUUUUUUAACUAUUCCACCUCCACAAAAACAGGUUAAAAAAAACUGUGUACCUCAUAAGAAAGCAUGCACCACAGAACUGUGUCCAUAUCCACGCUAAGUGUCCAUGGCACUGGUGCAGUUGAAACCUCGGGUGUGAAUCUGACGGGUUCACUUUUGUAUCUUAACUCAGGUGCCAAACUGGAGAAAAGGAGAGAUAGAGCAAGUCACUUGAGAAUUAGUUGCUGCUUAUUGGGAAACGAGCCAGACUGUCCUGAUCAAAUUACUGUGAUUCUGAACAUGUCAUGCUGUUCACCUUUUUUUAAUCAACUAUGUGAGCUGAGUUGAUGUACCUUAGGUCUAUAAAACCGAUUUGUUGGAAGCGUGGCACUGACUGGUGUUGUAUAAGAGUGAUUAAGCCCAUUGGAAUGGAGCAGGCCUACUCGAAUGCGUCUGAUGCUUGUAUAAAUACGCAUGGAUGUUUCCGUUCAAUGCAGCGUCUCCGUACCGUCACUAUAUAAACACACUGCCGUGGAUAUACUGUCUCACAAUAAUGAAAAAUGCUGCUCGGAUCAAUUCAUGAACAUCAUCACUUUAUUAUAGCCAUAGAUAGACGUUUUAAAACAUAAAAGAGUAGCUGUAGUUGAUAAAUGCCAGACAAUAACCUCAUCUGGUCGCAUACGGGUUCAUUUUGACAAUUCUGCUUCAGCUUUAACGGUAUCACAGCUCAGCCCACAGAAGAUACCUCAUCAGUUUUGUUUGACAUCAACAACUUCGAGCAGAGACUUUCUUUCCUGCGCAUCCAUUCUUUAGAAAAGGGAAAGCAGGGCCCUACACUCUUAAAAAUAAAGGUGCUUCACGA